AUGGAGGCUGCCAUCCCACGCAUCCGCGCCGUCGCUGCCGCUGGCCAGACUGGGCUCCUGCGGGCUGCGGUCUGCGCGAGCUGUGCGUCCUCGACGGCUUCGUCGACUUCGUCCCGCCGCAACUUCUCCGUUUUUGAUCGGCCGGCGCCCAACUAUCCCGGCCAUGUGCCGUUGACCAAGAUCGAACGGGCUGGCCUGGCCAUUGGCGCCAGUGUCAUGUCCUUCUUCGACCCCUACCGCCAUGAUCUCAUCGCCGCCACUGGCGAGGCCACCGCGACUCCCUACUUCAUCUACCGCCUCCGAGACGCCAUGCUCGCGGACCCGACCGGCCGUCGUAUCUUGCGACAGCGCCCGCGCAUCUCCUCCAAGACGCUCUCCCUCCCGGCCCUCCGCAAGCUCCCCGCCAACUCCGUGGGCCGCGCAUACGUUGGCUGGCUGGACCGCGAAGGCGUCUCGCCCGAUACGCGCUCCAAGGUGCGUUACAUCGACGACGAAGAGUGCGCCUACGUCAUGCAGCGCUACCGUGAGUGCCACGAUUUCUACCACGCCCUUACUGGCCUGCCCAUCGUCCGCGAGGGUGAGGUCGCCCUCAAGGCGUUCGAGUUCGCCAACACCCUGCUACCCAUGACGGGGCUGAGCAUCUUUGCGGCAGCGACGAUGAAGCGCGGCGAGCGCCGGCGCUUCGCAUCCAUCUACUUUCCGUGGGCCAUCCGGAACGGAGCCCGCGGCAAGGACGUUAUCAACGUGUUCUGGGAGGAGCGGCUGGAGGAUGAUGUCGACCAGCUGAGGGCCGAGCUGGGCAUUGAGCGACCGCCAGAUAUGAGGGACAUCCGGAAGAGAGAGCGGGAGCAGAAGAAGCGGCUGCAGGAGCUCAAGGAGCGAGGCUUUUGA